AUUCAUUUCAUCUCUCUCUCUCUCUCUACUCUCUCUCUCUAGCUGUUGAUCGUGAAAUUCCUGCAGAUAUUUUCUUCUCGGCAGCAUUUUGACUGAUCUCCAACACUUGCUUGCUUGCAAUUCGGAAUCCUAGUAGUUUUGAUUUUGCUUCUCUGCUGUUCUGUUUUGGGGUUUCCGUUCCAGCUCGACGAAGAAUUAAAAAUGGCUCGUUCGAAUGUGCCACAAUUUGGCAACUGGGAAAGCGAAGACAACGUACCUUACACAGUUUAUUUCGACAAGGCAAGAAAAACUAGAGGUGGGAAGAUGAUAAAUCCAAAUGACCCCGAAGAAAAUCCUGACAUGUUCCCUAAUAAUAAUGAUCAUCCACCUCCUGCCCCUUCAGCAAUGGGAAGGGGGGCCGUCAGACCAACCCCUGAGCAUCGCGUGAGCAAAGAAGACGGGCAGUACAACAAUUCUCCAGGUCGGGUUGAAAAUAUGGGUCAGAAAACUGGAAACGAAUCAAAUUACGGCGGCCGGGGCCAGAGGUCGGGUCGACCUACUAGAACUAGUGGAGGAUCCGAGCAAAGCUUCGAGCGUUCACCACUUCAUCCACAUUAUCAGGCAAAAGUUGCGGGUGGGAGAGGCGGUGGAUCUCCUUCUUGGGAAGGAAAGAGCCAUGAUAAUAGCUAUGGUAUACCUGGAAGAUCCCGCAUGAAGCCGAAUACUCGAGGAGAUGAAAGUCCAGAAAAAGGUGCAGCUGUUCCGAAAUUCGGUGAAUGGGACGAAAAUAACCCCGAGUCGGCUGAGAAUUUCACUCACAUUUUCAACAAAGUGAGGGAGGAAAGGACUACUGGGGCUGGAAAUGCCCCCGGUACCCCUAAACAUCCGUCUUAUGGUGGACGUGGUCAACAAGUCAACGACCAAAAGAAAUGCUGCUUUCCUUGGUGGUAGAGUAAGAAAGUCACUAGUAUCUAUUAAGUGUUACAAAAAACUAUUUUCCGAACAUGUAAAAAGCUUUGGACGGAUAUUCUGCUGCAGCGGCAGUACAUUGCUUCAGUUUGUUGUAUGCUUUUUUUUUUUUUUUUUAUUUAUUUAUUUAUUUUAUAAUUUAUUUUAAGUUUGCUGCUUCAUCAUCGUUAUCGUUGUGAUUUCGAGGUAAUGAUUUACGACUAUUUUGUUUUUUAAGUUCCAUUCUUCCACUUGUACUUUGGCUGAAAUAGAGAGUUUGCUUGCCUAUGUGUAGAUUCUUUUAAUCUGUUGUGCUUGGCUUUUACUAAAAUGGAUUCAUUUGCUCCUUUUUUGCUCUAUCUUGUUAUUGUGUGAUUUCUUGAAAGCUGCUAUUUUUAGAUAAGUUUGUUAUGCCUUCUU